UCUUGCACAAAACUGGACACGUGCCCUUUGAUUCCCUGGGCAUAAGCAGCACUCAUCCAGUUUUUAGCGAGAGCAAAAGAAAUCUGCGUGCGAGCGACGUACGUUUGCGCUACAAUAACAUGCUAUCGACAUUUGUUUGUAAAAAAAAUGCCACAGCUGGCUGGCAGUAGGCCAAAUCAGUCGACAGGCCACCGGGAAUCGUCCCGGUUCUCCCGAUGGACAGGCCGGGCCUGCAUUUGGGGGAAUGUUUACUGCCUCGAGCUGUUUAACCGUGCACGUGCACGCCCACCUGAACGUCACAUUCUAUUGGUUUAGACGCUUUGCAGUCAAGCUAGUGGAAUAUACGAAAUAUGUCCGGAUCGUAACAUUUGUUAUGAAUGGCCAUUUGUUGAAAUUUCAGAAAGGUUUAGCUCAGAAGCUAGACAACCAAAAUCGGUUUAAUUCGCUUUCGGAAAGCUGCUGUGUUAUUUUAAGACCUCUGUAAAAAAGUUACCACCUACAGGGCAUAAACUAUGGAGACGUCUGAGGAAAGGACGAUACCCCAACUGAAAGAUUUUUUAUUAACUUUCAUGCCAGAAAAAUGUUUUGACCAGUUUUUCCUUCAAUUCAACUUUAUACACGUGCCCUGUCUGAAGAUUGUCAUGAGUAAGACUAUGGGAAUACUGGUUUUGAUGGCAACUAUUUUUGCCCCACUGGCUCAGAUUGGGAAAGUAGUUUGGUGUGGAAGGUCUGAUGGUUUGUGUCUGGGAUCUGUCUUUCUGGAACUGCUAGCCAUCUCUGCUCAUGGAGCUUUCUGCUACACGCAAAAAUUUCCAACUGAAGCCUGGGGGGAAAGUUUGUUUGCACUGAUCCAGAUUGCUUUCCUGACUUUUCUCAUCCAGCACUACAGAGGAAAAACUAUGAAAGGUGUAUAUCUUCUUGCUCUAUACUGUGCCUUCAUGUAUUUCCUGGUUUCACCUUUGACCCCUGUGUCAGUGGUUUGGAAACUGCGUGAGUGGAAUGUGCUGUUUGUUAUUGCUGGCAGGCUCAUCCAGGCAUGCAGUAACUACAGAUGUGGUCACACCGGCCAGCUCUCAGCUCUCUCUAUUUUGUUGGCCUUUUUGGGGUCUCUAGGGCGCAUCUUCAGUUCAUUACAGGAGACUGGCCUUUCACUACCAGCUCAGUUGCAUGCAGUGGCCUGUUGUUGCAGUGGAGUGAUCCUAAUACAGGUUCUGUUAAACUGGAAUAAAUGCAACAUAGAGAAAGUGAGGCAAGUGGAUAAAGAGAAGGCUGAGUAGAGGUUUUUAAGAACCUUGGCAGAUGUGCAGAAUCUCUCAUAUUGUGUUGAAACGCUUAUUUUGUGUCUGUUACUUAAAACUAGUUCAAAAUCACUAGUUGGCGCAAGCCGAUAUAUGGUACUCUCUAAGUCUUAUGCAUUCGAUACAUGCCAAAAACAGUUAUAGUGUCAAAUGCAGUGCUACAUUUGAAUAACUUUGCUUUCUCUGCAUAUGCAUAUGUCUUUCUACAUUGAUAGUUUUCCUUUUUCUUUUUUUGCGUUUUGUACAUUUUGAUAAACAUACGGGUUUGUGUUUUUUGGGGGGCUUAAGUCAUCAGACGUAAACAAAUUUGAUUGAUUUGGUAGAACAAAACUGGCCAACACCAUAAACUAACAGUGUAGUUUAACAUUUAAGUAUUUAGUUGAACAGUAUUGAUUUGCUUGUCAGUAUUAACAUUUUGAAAAAGCCAUGAUUUGUAAUUUUUCUCUGUGGUAUUUUCAGUAGAAAUGAAAUACGUUUAGUAAACGUUUUGUAAUGGGUCCUUAAAAAACAUUGAAUCCAUAUGCAUUCAAUUGAAGUUAUUUUAUAGCACUCAUGUUUCUUAUUGAGAGAAAGUAAUAAAUAACUUAACACAUUAUAAAACGUUUGCACACACACAUCUUGACGUUGAUAAUGGAAUUUCUUUGCUAAUCAGAUGGGAUUGAUGAGAUUUCCUGACAAAUCAGGCUUCACAAAGCAGAAGCAUGAAACUCAAGUGAGCUUGUGUAGAUUGCAGAAAUAGACCGCCAGGUGGCAGAAGAGUAGUGUUUCAUUUACAUGACUCAACUGAUCAUCUACUCUUUGUAAUUUUAUGAUGUUCACUAUUUCUUUGUGGCUUUCUUCAGUUUGGCCAGUUAUAUUAAUAUAUAACUAAUAAUAGUUACAUUAUAUACACAUAUUAACACCCCAGAAUGUGUAUCUGCAUUAAAAAAUAUUAUGAAAUCCUGAAUUUGUACUUUCAGCAUUUUAGUCUCAUUAUGUUGUUUUAUUUGUUUAAUUUUGAUGUUAUGAUUUAUGCAGUACACUCUUCUCUCACACAUUUUCAAACACCUUAUUCUUAAGUAAAAUAUCAUCAGUUAAUUUGUAUAAAGUUACUGAAUUAUUCUUUUAUGAAAUUAUUUUUAGUCAAACUGGGCGGAACUAUUAUAGGGAUUAGUUGUAAAAUCAAGUCUUGUAAAGAUAUUGAAAUGACGUCCAGCGUGUCCUUUACUGUUGCUUAGGAGCUGUGUUGACAGUGUGGUAUGGUUUGUUUGUUGGGUCUGGUUGUGUAGUCUUGGCUCUGUCUGCUUUGUGGGAGGUCUUCUCCGCUGGCUGUGUGUUUAUUUCCAGAGCAAUGAAAACUCGCUGAAACAUGAGUCAUAAACAUGAGUUUGUGUGCCUGCGUGUGGUUCUCUCCUUAUCUACCUGUCCGAAAGAUCUCAAUCUACCAUCAGAACGAUCUAAUCUGCUUGUCUGUGUGGAAACACCACGCCAUGCGUGUGUUUGUGUGGCCUGCCCAUGAGGGUCUGAAAGUAUUGACUUUGUUUUUGUACACGCUGCUUGUGAGGACUUUAAAGAAUUUGGUUAAAAAUAAAGUAACUCAUGUAUUCCUUUUUUAACUCGUUGUUUUAUUUUUUAUUUUGCAUGAGAUUAUAAUCGCUGUACUUUGAUGUGCUGUUUGGGUGUGUUUGAUAAGCAGCCCAUUGAUGCGGUUUGUCUAUAUAUCUAAAGAAGGUGGUCGUGAUGCUCAGUGUGUGUUUCUAUCUGUGUGGGCUCCACCGGAGUCGCUGAUGAUACAGAUCUUUCUGUAUUUUAAGCAAAAAAAUCCAACAAAAAAAUUCUGAAUCAGUGCAGAUAAAUGCCAUCUACACAGACGUAAGUUAGUGUAAAAUGAAAACUGCUUCAGUAAUAUUGGAAGAUUUGUUUCCUGUCUGUUGGUCUUGCUCUAAAAGAAAAGAACAGCUGCAGUGAAUCAAUACUUAAAUCUGGGUGCUGUAAUCCCUCUGUAGUUCACUGUGCCACGUCAAAGCUUCUCCUGUGUGCUCACAAAGUUAUUAACAAAUAAUAUGCCAGCUAAAAAUAGUUGUUGAAAGAUGAAGUGACGUAUUGUUUGCAUGCUUGAGCAAUAUGUGUGCGAUAGCAAGUGCGAUGUGGAAGGUGUGGAAAGGCCACUUGUCACAUCAUGUCUGCUACGGUUUUUACAUUUUUUCUUCUUGGUCUGGCCAAGUUUGAUUUAUAUGAAGCAGAAAAUCUGUUUUAGGAAUGUGUUUUCUGCUUAUUGUUUUGUAAAUUGUGACAAGGUUAGCAAUGAUAGAAUAAUAAUAUUCCUCCUCUGCCAUUAUUGUGUGUG